AUGAGUAGUGCUAUCAAGAAAAAAGCCACGCGCUCUUCACUCGCUUGCCUUCCCUGUCGUGUACGGCACAUAAAAUGCGAUGGAAACAAGCCCAGUUGCAAUGGUUGCAAUGAAGCCGGCAAGCAGUGCGACUAUACUCGAUCGCGCAGAGGCGGGCUUGACCGAAAAGCCCUAGCUGAACGGCGCAAGAGACUGGCAACAGUUAAUUCAAUUAAUGCUCAGACACCAGCGAGCAUUCAAACUUGUCACACGAACGUCAACGAGGACAUUUUCAAUAAUAGCUCUAGCCUGCUUGAUGCGGCUGAUGGGACAUUCAUCGCACCGCCGCUGACCCAUACCGGUAGUAUCGUCAACAUCGAGGACGAUGUCUUGGUUGAUUCAUAUUAUAACAACUUUCACAAGUUCCAUCCAUUUCUCCUACCUAAUAAACAUUUGUUGAGACUAUAUCGUGAUUCAAAUAGACAGUCUUCCCUAACACCACUUAUUGCUGCCAUGCGCUUUGUGGGACAUAUCUACAGCUUCCAACAAUGGGAUAUGGAGCUGAAAAAUCAUCUCGAAGCCUGCUUCUGCGAGGCGUCACCAACAGAUCCAGUCAUGGUUCAGAGCCGACUCAUAUAUUCAAUCGCUCUGUUUUGGUAUGAUUACAAGACAGAAGCCGCAUCACAAAUCGAGGCUGCCACACAACUUGCAAUUGAUAUGGGCAUGUUUCGUCGUGAAUUUGCAUCGGAGCAUGGCGCUGGAGACCCUAUCCUGGAAGAAUGUUGGAGGCGUACAUGGUGGAUGCUGUACGUCGUAGAAGCAUUCUAUGCGGGAACUCUGGGGACCAAGACUUUCAAAGCCGUGAACAUGGAGGCGACGGUUGAUUUGCCCUGUCAAGAGCUAGAAUAUGAAUCAGGAAAGAUUCCAAUACCAAAGACAUUGCAAGAGUUUGAUUGUCGUGAAUUUGCUACGGAUGAGACAACUCAGUUCUCAUCUUUUGCCUACCUUAUCGGUGCUGUUCGAUGCGCGGUUCUGGCGAUGUCAACCACGCCAAAACUCCCGGCCAAGGAAGACUCAUUGCAUAUAAUGCAGACCACCGAUUCGGCUCUGGAUGGAUGGCUGCUGUUAUUACCGAAGGAUAAGCAGAUUAUGAAUAAAAGCGGAGAGAUAGAUGAGCUUAUGUUCCAAGCGCAUCUGCUUAUUCAUGUAGCAACCGUUGGCUUACACCGGCCAUUAUCAGACCUCAAAUUCAACUCCGUGGAAAAUAUCUCAAGCUGCUCUCGAGACCCACCUAUCAAUACUCCCACCCCAGAGCUCGUGAAUAUCCACACCGUGCGAGUUCUUCGCUCCGUAGAAGCUCAAGUUCGGCUUCUGACACUACCUGUACGGAAAUUCGCCCACACGCCUUUCACUACGUGCAUGGUUAGUGAAGGGACAUUGGCACUGCUCUCGGCAUGUAAUUUCAUAUUCAGGGGGAAAGAGUUGGCGACGGCAAGAGAGCAGAUUCGGAUGAUUAUUGGUUGUCUCAAGGUGUUGGGUGAGGUAUGGCCUAGGAUAACAAGGAAUGUGCGUGAAAUACAGACGAUUGCUCAACAUGUGUUGGGAUUAGGCUCGGAGGUGGCUGUCAGCAAUGGCCCUAGCAGUACGCCUGACAUUGAUGAAGUGCCAUUCCUCUCAUCGGGCAGUGAAGGGCUAUACGAAACUGGUGGUUUUGAUGUUGUUCCUCUUGAGUCUAUCGAGGAUCUCUGUGGGUUUUAUAACCUUCCUAGUCUUGACUUUGACGGAUAA